AUGUUGUCUCAAGGCACCACAAAUUUCAAUGUCGUGAUGUUGCACGUCCAGCCGUCUAAUUUAGAAGGGUUUAAGCUUAUGCACGAGGCCGUUAGCAUGGACUUGCUCGUAAUCGUGAUGUCGACUAGUGCUACAUCGACACUUGUAAAAUGCGCCAUAGAAGACGGAGCAUUUCUUUUCAUGCAGAAACCUCUUGUUCAAGAGGAGUUGAAGUACUUAUGGCAACAUUUAUUGAGGGAAAUUACGCGAAAAAAUGACGAGAAGGGAAAAAAACCGCUAGUAGAAAAUAUAGUACCGAUUGAAAAUAAGGUAAACGGCGAGAAGGGAAGGCGCGAAUUUUUCAGCUUGAGCUCAGAAAAUAACGAUAAUGUUGAUAAUAAUGCUGCGGCUGGUGAGAGUAUGAGCGCCAUGAAGCCUAAGAUGUGCACCGAGUGGACUCCAGAGCUUCAUGACAAAUUCAUGGCUGCUGUAAAGAUACUCGGUGAUGGAAGAUGUUUCCCUAAGGACAUUCUAGAGCUGAUGAAUGUGCCUGGACUAACGAGAAUGCAAGUGGCGAGCCAUCUGCAGAAGUGCCGGCACGGAUGGCAGCCCUCAAGCCAGAGGCAGCAAGGUUCCCGCCAGAAAGCUCCAAAAUCUGCUAAUUCGAACCCAAACAGGAGAAAGAAGUACGGAAUAUACCCGCGUUUUAUGAGAGGCUCUCAACCUCAAUUCCCUCCUAAAGAAGAUCAAAAUAACGUGGAAAUUACUAGCAAUAACAACAUGGAAAAUCCGAUAAUCUUGCCAAAUUCGGAUGGUACGGAAAAUAUAGGACAGCAGGGGAAAUGGGUCGAUGUUACCUUUCAAAACAACAACAACAAUAAGGCGAAGGAAAUAUUUUCGAAUGAAAAUAUCGUCAAUGGAAAUAUGAUGAUGGUCGAGCCUGAUCAGGACUCGUUCGACUAUCCAGCUAGUGAUGAUGGCCUUAUUGCUAACUUUAACUUGAACGAGUGUGAUUUGAACCGAACUAUUCUUGCCCAGGGUUAUGAUAUUACUGGUGUCACUGCUCCUACUAUUCUUGUUGCUGCUAAUGGUGCUAAUGCUGUUGCUAUGGACACCGGUUUUUGGAGUUCGUGGUUUACAAACUUUUCGAAGCAGCUUUGA